GGGCCAUAAUGGUGCCCCCCCCACCAACCAACAAGCCUCACGUGUGUCUGUCGACCAUCCUGAUCAUGAGCAGCAUGGCGCUGAUGGACGCCUACCUGGUGGAGCAGAACCACGGCCCCCGGAAAAUCGGCGUGUGCAUCAUGGUCAUGGUGGGUGACGUCUGCUUCCUCAUCGUACUACGCUACGUGGCGGUGUGGGUGGGCGCUGAGGUGCGCUCUGCCAAGCGUGGCUACGCCAUGAUCCUCUGGUUCCUCUACAUCUUCGUGCUGGAGAUCAAGGUCUACUUCAUCUACCAGAACUACAAGGCCGACCGCAAGAGCCUGGACACCAUCGCCCGCAAAGCCCUCACUCUCCUGCUGUCCGUCUCGGUGCCAGUGCUCUACAUCAUCCUGGUAGCCAUUGACCACAUGGAGUACGUCCGUGCCUUCAAGAAGAAGGAAGAGAUCCGUAACCGGCUCUUCUGGGUGGUGGUCGAUCUCCUGGACAUCCUGGACAUCCAGGCUAACCUGUGGGAGCCCCAGAAGAAAGGGCUCCCCAUAUGGGCGGAGGGGCUGAUGUUCUUCUACUGCUACAUCCUGCUGCUGAUCCUGCCCUGCGUGUCCCUGAGUGAGAUCAGCAUGCAGGGCAUCAACAUCGUUCCCCACAAGAUGAUGCUGUACCCCAUCCUCAGCCUGGUCACCAUCAACAUCAUCACCCUCUUCAUCCGGGGCAGCAACCUCGUCUUCUACAAGGACGCCCGGGUGUCCGGCAUCCUCAUUGGCAAAAAUGUGCUGGCCAUAAUUCUGAAGACCUGCAGCUUCGCGCAAUACCGCAAGCAGCUGCAAAAUGCCCCGCCCGCCUUCGGGGUCGAGCUCCAGAAGAACUCAGUGUCCCACGCCCGGCCAAAGCCCACUCAGCCCCAAGUGGUUGCACAGGACCAGACGCCACUACCUGAGGUCACUUCCUGUGAACACACAUGACCCUGAAUGCACUAGAGUGGGCAGCCAUAGGGAGCCCAUUGGAGCAAACUGGAGCCCAGUACAGAGCCCAGAAAGGCGCCAUCAUUCCAGAAGGUUGGCUAGAAAACUCUGAUUUUCCAAUACUGUGAAAAAAGGAAAAUCCAAAACAGGUAUAUUGCGUCUAUUUUCUAUCCAUGAGUGGUGAGUAAUGUGAAGAAUUUAACCCCCCCCCCCCAAAAAAAAAAAAAAAUGAUUGCAUUGUGAUGGUGUAAUUUUCUUUCACUGAAAUUCUCUAUUUUAUGUGACUGUAUGAUAUUGUUACGGCAAUUCAAGGCGUAAAAGACAGAAUCAGCAUUGUGUGAAUAAAAAAAAACAGCUGAACGAAAGGCCUUUUUAUAAA